UUGUCUGGUUUAUCCAGAUUCAGAACGGUCAGACGGAUGCAGCAUCCUUCCAUCGGUCUGAGCUCAUCUGGGACUCUGCUGUAGACCUUCCUCCUCCUCCUCUUCUUCCUCCUCCUCCUUGCACGCGCACGCACCCUCCCCUUCAGCGGAGCGCAGGAGCGUGGAUGCUCUCACAGUGGAGUCCCGCUCUGCAUCACGGACGGGGAGCCCCGCGUUGGACCGCCUUUUUCUUCGCUUCCAGCAGAACUUUGGAAUUCCGAGUGGGAUCCGCAACAGUCGGGUCGGCAUGGCGUCUCUGCUGAACUCCGCGUGCCUCCUCUUCUUGCCUGUUGCUCUGCUUCUCAUGUUGAGCCCAUGUCCUGUGGCUGCAGCAUCACCCAGAAGGUGUCACUCCAUUUACAAGGGUUUUGCUCAGUGUCUCAUGGCUCUGGGCGACAGCCUGACGGACAGCGCUCACAAGGACGAGGACCCGCACGAGAUUCACUCCAUCUGCAGGUCAUGGGAUGAGUUUCAUGACUGUGCCAACUUGGCGAUGGCUGGAUGUCCUGAGGAGGCUGCGGCCGUCUGGGAGUCUCUUCGUCAGGAGUCCAAGAAGAUGCAGUUCUCCGGAAACCUCUAUGACAUGUGCUCCAACCGCAAGAGUCACACAGUAGCCUCCUCCAGGCCUCGCGGCUCCCAGAAGAAAGAGGAGGUCAAUCAGGAGUCUCUAAGAGGGCACGCCAACCAUCUUGCAGGCGACCUUCACACUCUGGUGUCACUGUCUCCAGUGCUGCUCUUGUUGCUUUGGAUAUAACCACCCUGAGAAAAUGGGACUAGUGUAAAUACAAACAAACUUUGUGUAUUUUUCUCUUUCCACAGGUCUGUAGACUUUCCACCGCCUCCUCUGCUUUGCUAGGGAUAAAUCUUUCUAACUGCAUGCUCAGAGGCCUGACAGGUUUUUUUUUUAAAGAACAAAUCUCUUUUAAGAACUGCUGUGCCGUUUCCUGUAUAUUCUCUGUCCUUUAAUUAGUCUCUGUUGGAAAAUCAUACAAUGCAACAGAACUUCUGUAAAAAAAGAAAAAAAAAGAAAAAAGAAAGGCUUGAGGACACAUACAUAGUUUAACAGAUGCAUAAGAGAUUCUGUCAUCAUUCCCUGUCCUCUUAAAUCUUGCUCCAGUAAGCUUGCAUGUGAUGGAAUUCAUCUUUUUAACUGUAAAAUGAAAGAUGUAAACGAAAGCCACUGCGGUUUGUUCCAGUUGAAGACUUUACAUUGUAGCUUUUUUCACUUUGUUAAAUGAAAUGCUGUAGUGUCUGCUGUCAUUCAUUGGUAAGAUUAUGUUCUCUGUUUUUCUCUACCAUGUUUUUGAAAACUGACAGAAAAAUUGAACAAAUCCUUUCAAUCUCCAUCAAAGCUCUUGUUGGCCAAAAGACACGUCCAAAUACCAACUAACAAUGGAUACCACCAAACGUCCAUUUAGGAAAUGACUGAACCAGACAAACUUUAACAAAUAGAAUAUGUAAACAAUAAAUAAUUUUAUUGUA